GAAAGGUGCAGCAGUGCAAUAGGUGUUGUGUGGUGUAGGCACGGCGAGUGUCUGCGCAGUGGUGGUAGUGUCCUAGUGCCGUGGUCAUAGCACAAACUCCUCGCGUCGUGUGGCUACUCACCUGCCGAGCACUUGCGAAGCGUAACAGCUGCAAAGUGUAGGCCCAAGCCCGUGCGUGUUGCGAAGGUGCCUCAUGAAACAUUUGAAUAUGGCUAAAUUAAAGUGGGUCAAAUGAAGAUUUGUGCACACACCACAACAUGCCUUAGACGAAGAUACCGAAGAAUGAAGCCAGGUUCCAAAGGCGAGUCUUGGCCUGUGAGCUUCUUCAAGGAUGCCACCAAGGCCUCACCUGCCAAGCAGCUCACAAUAGGUGGCAUAUCGGGAUGGUGCGUGGGAUUCGUCUUCACUAAGGCUGGCAAGAUUGCUGCUACUGCCAUUGGAGGCAGCCUGCUGCUUUUUCAGAUUGCACAGCACCAGGGCUAUGUGAAGGUGAACUGGUCCAGGCUGAACAAGGACCUGCAGCAGGCACAAAAUGAGCUGGCACGGCGCACAGACGGGAAGCUGCCCAGAUUGCUCGAGGAGGCCCAGAAGUUUGUCAAGGACAAUGUCUUCCUGGCUACGGGCUUUGCUGGUGGCUUCCUUCUGGGUGUGGCAUCCUCCUGAAAGCAAGCUUGCUGAGCAGGCAGCUACACGGCUGUGGAACAGCUGCGACACAUUUAUUUCUGUUUCUUCCUUUGCCAUGCAUUAGAAGGGCGCACACAAACAGCUACUCUGUUGCUUGGCUUUGCAGUUUGUCUGUCUGCUUAAACAAAAUGUGGUCUUUUGUGGCCAUCACGAGCAAGGCUCUCUAUGAAAUCCUGCUCAGGGGCUGUUCUUGUACACAGGGAUCACAGAUAAGCAGGGUUCUAGUAUUGGCGCAGCAUGUGAAAAAAGUGCUCUCUGCCACUUGCUGCUCAAAAUAAUAUCUUGUUGGAUAAUUGUAGGAUUUCAGCACAGAGUCACCUACUGUUGCCUUUGUUGGUGGCCUGUUGUGUAGGCUUACAUGGGGUAAAAAAUUGCGACAAGCAUAUCCUGGAGGUGGUUAAACAAGGCCUCGAUGUUGUGCAGAGGCUGUCAUCAUCUGUAGUUAAAGUAUGUGCUCCGUCAAUAUAGAUGAUGCCAUAGGCUGUAAAGUUGACAUGCUGCAGAGCCAGCGCACACUUGCCCUAUAUGUGCAUUCUCUACUUAGACAAGGGGUUUAAGGUGAAAAUGUGCCCAAGUCACCGAACCAUGUGUCUGCAUGCCUUUUAUGGUAUGAAACUGCCACCGACAAAUAAAGAAGCCUGCUAUAUUGGCUACUAUAACUGUACCAUGUGUAUGUGCAGAGCGCUGUGUAGGUGCUUAAUCUGUUAGUUUGCUCUUGAGUCUGCCUCUUUGUUAAAAUUUGUGAGGUAUCCUGUGUUUCAGAGACAAAGAUCAAGUGAUGUUUAAAUGAAGUCAAAGCAUAGACUCUUACGUGGACAAUUCUGUACAUGUAGCAUUCACCCUCACUUGAUAUUAAGCGGACUGAAGCAUCUUUUUUUGUCACAUCAAGGUGAAUAAAGUGGGCAUGAAGCACGUCAA